UGUCAUGGCCAGUGGACGACGCAAACGGGGAAGGAAGACAAUGCAGGUUAACAACCCAAACAGGAGCGACGAGAGAAAGAAGGAGGUGGUAGACCCAGACACCCUUAUCCCAUACAUCGGAUGGGAUAACUCGAUCAACUGCCUACUCCGCUGCUCAAGGUCCGACUAUGGAGCCAUCGCCGCUCUGAACCGGAACUUCUGCCACCUCAUUCGUAGUGGAGAACUCUAUCAGCUCAGGAGGAGGGCCGGCAUUGUGGAGCACUGGAUCUAUUUCUCGGUCAACCUCCUCAAGUGGGAGGCAUACGAUCCUGUCAGGAUGCGGUGGAUAAGCCAGCUGCCCAAGAUGGAGGCGAGCACGUGCUUUGUGUAUUCGGACAAGGAGUCCUUGGCUGUCGGGACCCAGCUUCUCGUGUUCGGGCGGGAGGUAAGCUGCCAUGUCGUCUACAGGUAUAGCCAUUUGACCAAUACGUGGUGCUUGGGCUUGCCCAUGAACACUCCUAGGUGCCUGUUCGCCUCUGGGAGUAUCGGGGCCAUUGGCAUUGUGGCAGGCGGAUGCAAUUCAACCGGCAAGGUCCUGAGCGUGGCAGAGCUCUACAACUCGGAGACUGACGAGUGGAUUCCUCUCCCAGACAUGAACAUACCGAGGAAGAUGUGCUCAGGGGUGUUCAUGGACGGGAAGUUCUACAUUGUUGGAGGGGUCGAUGACGAGUCAAAUCCAUUCACUUGUGGGGAGGUGUUCGAUUUGGAGACUCAAACAUGGGAGGUGAUACCCAACAUGUACCCAAGACCUGCAGGAGAAGAAGAGGGUCAGUUGCGCCGUGCUAUCGAGGCCCCGCCCCUCUUGGGGGUCAUAAAUAAUGAGCUUUAUUGUGCUGACCAUACUACUCAGGAAAUCAGGAAGUAUGACAAGAAGAAAAACUCAUGGACCGCGAUUGGGAGGCUCCCAGAACGGGCAGCAUCGGUGCGCGGUUGGGGGCUCGCCUUCCGGGCAUGUGGGGAGCGGCUUAUGGUCCUUGGUGGGCCUAGGGAGUUCGGCACAGGGGUCCUCGAGCUCUACUCUUGGAUCCCGAGCCAGGGCCCAGUCGAGUGGGAACUGCUUGCCAGCAAGCGUAUUGGAAGUUUUGUAUACAACUGUGCAGUGAUGGGUUGCUGAAAGAGAAAUAAUUCACCGGUUUAGGAGUGUGGGAUCAACGUUUGGUGGGUUCGGGUUAGUUUCAUAGGUGACAGCAAUAUAGUUUAGUCGACAUGUAGAGGGGAAGGGUAUAAAAGAGUAGCAUAUAUAAACAGGAAACCGAGUUAUAAUCUUAUGCUGUGGUGUGGUUUAGUGCAAAUAUCCAAUAAUGUAAGCAUCACGGCAUAUUGUACAAAGGGGUUCGAUUUCAUUCCGAACGUCUAAUGAAAAGCUUAGGUAUUAUGUGUUUCCUAUA